UGCUCUACUCUCAUAGCAUGCCAGAACUCCGCGUGGUUUCAACGAGGAAGAGCGUACUGCUUGUUGUGAGACUUUGACAGUUGCAAAAGUGGUUUAAACUAAACCGGCAAGCUGGAUUUCGGAUUCCAAAGCGUCCAUAUGGACAAAAUGCGCUCCAAGCGAGUUCGAGAAAAGAACUCAAAGAGUUGGCUAAGUGACGAUUACGACUCGGGAGAUGGGAAAAGAGAAGACUCGAACAUGGGUUACGAGUCUUCCGCCAAGAAACGAAGAGGGAAUUUACCGAAAGAGUCAGUGCGUAUUCUCAAAGGUUGGUUGUACGAACACAGGUACAACGCUUACCCAACAGAUCAGGAAAAGGUGUACUUGUCAAAUGCUGCUAAUCUGACAGUGUUACAGGUGUGCAACUGGUUUAUUAAUGCCAGACGGCGGAUUUUACCCGAGAUGAUAAAGAAGGAUGGCAUGGACCCGUUACAGUUCACAAUCACACGGAAAAAUAAAGAAAAGUCGUUUUCUGAGGAGGAAGACAACCGAAAGUUCUGUCUGACAGAGAGUGACAGAAAGUUUGACAAUUCUGAAGACAGUGCAUCCAGUCGCGAUUCCGAUCUUUCCCCAUACCCUGUUUCUAUGGAUACGGAUGGAUACCUUUCCGACAGCGAAACAUCGUCGUGUGAAUAUUACUCGGAUCAUGAAAAUCUGAACAGAUUGCCCACAUCAAGGCUUUCUACAUCAGGUGCCCCUCAUAUGAACUUUAACCCUCACCCACGGGACAAUACCGCCAACACCCCACCCCCCUCUCCCCCUGCCCCAAGCAAUGCGGGGAAAGAGGACAUAUUCAGGUGUUUUUACAUGCUUGUUGAUGUUGCCAUCAGUCAGUUGGAGAAACAGAGACAACUUGAGAAAUUAGAAGGUAACAAAGAGACUAAGUAAGAGGAAGAGACGAGUUCUCUCCCCUGAGUGCAAACUGUCAGAUUCAAGCAACAUGUGUGAGCCGGGAGCACAUGUCGGCGGCGUGGUUUGAUGGGACGAAAUAAACUAGUUCGCUAACACUGCCAUUUGUGGACACAAUGUGUGACACAUGUACAUUUACUGUAAAUUACCUGCACUUUGACGUUCAUACAGUUUUUGAUGAAUUUCUAUGCAAGACCCGCCGCGUAUGGAAUACACGCGAGGUGUAUUAAGGAACUGUGGCAAUAUUCGUUCAGGUUCCCUUGAGGUACUGCGGUCAAGUGGAUGUAUGGAGGGAUAGAGGGAUUUUUUUUUUUGGUAAACUAAAAAUCCAAUCAUUUACGACUGCCGGGACGGUCAAAUAUACAUGCAAUAAUUAUGUUUCGUAAUAAUUAUUCAUUAUAAGUCUUCUCAAACAGUGACUUCAAACAAUGGCUGAACCAAAGCAUUUCUGUAUUUUUAUAUGAUUGAGUUUCAAUCGGGAUAGACAUGUCCCUAAUGGGUUGUCAUUUUUUUUACAACAGUUCGUUUGUGCAUUUUCUCCAAAACAUUCGUAUAUAUCAAACUGUCAUCGUUUCAUUAGUACCGAGUGCAAAUAUCCUUUAUCAGCCCUGGGGCUACACAGGUGAAUACCUGUCGCAUUUUACAGGUAACCUAUUCAUUUUCAACCGUCAAUAGAAAUCGUCUCUCAUUGUCACUGAAUGCAAAGUUGGGUCGGGCCAGACCGCGUGGUCUUUCUGGCUGCGUUGGGGCUCUCCCAGCUGACGCGAAGGUCACGUGACCGCUAAACCACGUGGUCUCGCUCGCAUUCGGUGACAGGUUACGAAGACAAAGGCGUAAUUCACUCAAGCAUAUGUUCGUUUAUUUUCGCCGAAGCCAAUAUUGUUUUAAAAAGUAGUGCUCGUUUUUUCAAUUAAAUAUUAACGGCUUAUGUUUUUCUGCGUAUUUAUUGAAGACUGUUUGCAACGAAAUCGCUUUACUUUGUUUUGACAUUGAUUGACAGAUGGUUAAGACCACGUGGAAAUCAAUGUCGUUUGAGUUUGAUUGCAUUUUGCAAAGAGAGUGUAUCUUCCAAAUUGGUUAUUUUUUUGGCUCUUUUAAAUGCGCAUUUAUAAUGAUAAUUCACAAUUUAGUGGUGUUAUCAAGCAUUUGGGACGUAUCAUUUUAUAUUCUUUAUACAAUUCGUGGCAUUGUUUCAUAUGUGCUAUUUGGGGUUUUUAUUUGUCAUUCAUAUAUCAUUGGAGAAACAUAUUUUUGAUGUCACAAGAUGAUCAUUUUGUAUAAAUUGUACAAAAAUAAAGAAAAAAGAAAGAAUUAAAUAUAUUAAUUGUA